AAAAAAGUUACAGAUCCUAAACAGCUGAAAAACGCUCUUCUUCCUUCGGUCAUAUAUCUUUUUUUUCUUAGGUUGCAGAGAAAAGAAAGUAGAAGGCUCAAUUAGGGUUUGUGAAUCGGAAUUUCUUUGAAAACCGCGAGAAAUAUCACCGGGAAGAUAUGAGCCGGAGUUUGGGGAUACCAGUGAAGCUUCUUCACGAGUCGUCCGGUCAUAUUGUGACUGUGGAGCUGAAGAGCGGUGAGCUGUACCGAGGAAGCAUGCUCGAGUGUGAGGAUAACUGGAACUGUCAGCUCGAGAACAUCACUUAUACCGCCAAGGAUGGUAAGGUAUCGCAGCUUGAGCAUGUCUUCAUUCGAGGCAGCAAAGUGAGGUUUAUAGUCAUACCAGACAUGCUGAAGAAUGCUCCAAUGUUCAAGAAAUUAGAUGCUAAAAUCAAGGGAAAGAGCUCGUCACUAGGUGUAGGCAGAGGUAGAGCUGUUGCCAUGCGAGCCAAAGCUCAGGGUACUGGACGUGGAACAGGAGGAAGAGGAGCCUUGCCACCUGUGAGGAGAUAGUAGCUUCGAGGAGAAUCCGCCAUCUUCAGCUUGUCAUUUAUGCAAAGUUAGGGUACAAAGCAAGUCAAAUCUCUAACAAGGAGACAGGCAGGGGAUACAGAGAGAGGGAGAAAGAGGGAUUAUUUCUGUGUUUUGGGUUUCUAAGAUGUUCGAAAUAUUGCCAUGUUUUCUUCACAUGGUCGUUUUGAUAAUUCCCACUUCUUGUAGUACAGAGCACUAUACAAAUUUCUAUAAUGGUUUUAAUU